AUGGCGGCCUUUCGUCGCGCGAUCAGGGACUUGGCUCGACGCUAUGACGAUAUCGUAGUCGAUAUAGGCUCAGGUGAGGGCGCAGCGAUUGAGAGCAUACUACGUGUUGCAGACGUCGCCAUUGUGCCGGUGCAGCCGAAUGGCAUGGACAUCUGGACAAUGGGGCUACUGGACGAACUUACGGUUGCUGCCCUUGAGCUGAAUGAUGGCCUAAAGGUAAGGGUGAUAUUGAACCGGGCUUCUCACCAUCAUGCUAGUCGCGAUGUCCAAUCUGCCAUGACGGCGCUGCGGGCCUGCCAGGCCAUCGAGGUGUCGGAUCUAGUGAUCCGGGAGCGCUCAUCGAUAAGGCGAGCUGUGCCGGCGGGGAUGCUGGUGAACGAAUACCGGCCACGGGAUCCGAAAGGCUCAGAAGAGAUUGCCGCCGUGUAUCGGCUGGUCUUUGCAGAAGAGCCCCCGGUCCACGUUUAA